AUGUUUUGUGCAAAAAACAACGCAGUGCUUUCCUUAUGGAGAAGAACCUUCUUAUUGAAUAGGUUGAAAAAAGAUGAGCAGGUGUGUUUCAAAUGCACAUGUAUCAGGAAUGGUAUAUGCAUAGGGAGAGAAAACAACCCAGACCAAAUUACACACAGGGGGGUAAGAAAACGACACAUCAGUUCGAAGAUUAACAGUGGGUUAGAUGAACCGGUGGGGAAUGCAUCCAUCCACACUAGGGGAGUAGGAAGCAGCGAAGGGGAUAAGAACGCCCGUAGUAAAGGUGGUCUUCUCGGUAGCUGUGCAAUCCGCCCCAAUGUAAAUGAAAACCAGCACACGAUGGAUGAUGCAUGUUCGAGGAGUUACUCAAGAAUGAAUCGGGAGAAGGACGAAAGAAGCGCUCAGAGUGAAAACCCCAAAGAAGUUCUAACAAAAGAGAGGGAUGCCAUUUCUGAUGAAAUUAAAAACACCGAAUUGAUAAAAUGUACAAAGCAUAUAAGGGGAAAAAAAAGUGUAUAUAAAUUUAAAGAAUUUUCCGUCUUCUCAUUUAACAUUUUGGCGGACAGCUUAGUGGACUACAAGUACGAGAACAACAGUGCCGAUGUGAUGAGAUGGAUGAACAGGAAAGAAUUCAUUUUCCAAAGUAUAAAGAAAAAAUUGUCAGACAUUAUAUGCCUACAAGAAAUAGAAGAGUCUUAUUUCACCGAACUGCAGGAAAAGCUGAAGCUAUUGAACUAUGAAGGAUUAUUUUUAAAAAAGAUAAAAGACACUUGCCAAGAUGGAAUAUGUAUUUUUUACAAUACUAACGUUUUUAAAUUAUUAUUUUUUGACAAAAUUGUUUAUGACAAAUCUGCUAUUUUGAAGAAAUGGCACGUAGGGUUAAUUGUCGCUUUAAAAAAUAAACUUUCGAAGAAGGUGGAAUGGUAUGAUGGAGGUGUAGGUAAUGGUGAUCGUGAUGGUAGUCACCAAAUGGCGGGGGACCACCAUGUGAGUGGCUCUACUGCCUCUGACCAAUCUGUGGACGAUAUUGUUAUCGUUUCCAACACGCACCUCAUUUUCGACUCCUGCAAGGGGGAUGUCAAGUUAUACCAACUGUGCUACAUGACGUACCGCUUAGUUGCCAUGGUGAACAAGUGCCUGGACUAUUUAAGGGCGCGCGGAAAGGGAAACAACACGGAAGACACAGGGGGAAGAAGAAGCAGAGAGGGCUCACCACAAGGGAGAGUCCACCCAACUGAUCCCGGCGACCUCCUCAACCCCGCCGUAAUUUUCUGUGGAGACCUGAACAUAACCCCCAACAGCAUUCUCUACUACUACAUAGUUAACAGGUACAUAAAUUUGAAAAAGAUAAACAUGAAAAAAAUUUCAGGGCAGUACCUCAUGUUCAAGAAGCAGUUCUAUGUGUGUAGCUACGAGAAAGGAAGUGAAAUUAAAAAAAUAUUUGACGAGAAUAUUCUCAGUGAUUUAAAAUACGAGCAUUACAACAGUAUUAUGGACAAUAUGAAAAGGGAGUCGUUAUUUUCUUUUUUUAAAAAUGAAAAAAUACUGGACGAGGAGUACUUAACGAGCCACUGUUUUCACCAAGAGAGUGAUGCAUAUUUGAGGAACUACAAUUCAUAUGAAUAUGUGAUGAGCAAGUUUAAGGAAGGCAAGAAUGACUGUCUUUCUUAUUGUGGGCACUCCGGGAGGAGGUGUAAUACACUUUCGGGUAGCGAAGUGGUGAGCAAUGAAGACAAAUGCGAUGAAAAGUUCGGGCUGGUGUCUAGGGAGAAGGAACAUCCACGCUUGAGUUUUAAUGAGAUGGACUAUGAGGACGGCGACAAAGAUGACGAGGAUCAGCGCCAUCCCCACAAGAAAGCAAAAACAGCAACUGAUCAGCAUGAAGACGAUUUCAUACUGUACUACCCCCUGUAUUUUGAAAGUAUAUACAAUAGUGUGGAAGAGCACCGGGUGGAAAAGCCCUGCCAAAAAUAUGAUCAUAUUGACAACCUGAAUGACGAGGAAAAUAAUUUACCGCUAAGUGGUGUUCCAUUCACCGUGUUUCAUGGGAAGCAAAAAGGGUGUGUCGAUUAUAUAUUUUACACGUAUAGGACUCUUAAGAAAAUAUCCUGUUCAACCUUCCCAUCAUUCGAGGAACUUGUAAAACAUGGUUGUCUGCCAAAUGAGAAAUACGCCUCGUCUGACCAUUUGUAUUUGCACGCUACUCUAAUUAGAAGGACAAAUGAUGAGGAUUAG